GCUUCAUCCAGUGGAUCACAUCAUGAUCAAGGAACCAUUCUUCGUCUAUAAAUGAAAGGGUCUGCUUACUAGGGGAGACCUAAUUUAAGUACUGAAAUUACUGAGGCUGCAAGGUCGGCCCGUCCCCUCAUCAUUUCACUCUAGCCCAGUGAGUUUUACUCCAGCAUCUCCUCUUAUCCUAUUUCUUGUUGUCGUGGUGGUUCAAUUCGUUACUUACGCUAUUUUGUUCUGCAGACACAUGGUUUUCACUCAGUACGCCGACGGACGUCAAGAAAAACGCGUCGAGAACUACACCAAGUUCUGGCAAAAGGAUCUUGGUAAGGAAGGUGAAGUGGACAAUCAAAACCGCGUUGAGAGCUACACCGACGUUGUGAACGGUUACUACGAUGGAGCGACGGAGCUGUAUGAGUAUGGCUGGGCGCAGUCCUUCCACUUCUCGCGAUUCUACAAAGGAGAGGCUUUUGCAGCAUCCUUGGCCCGUCAUGAGCACUACCUCGCAGCCCAAAUGUCGCUUCGCCCUGGUAUGCGCGUGCUGGAUGUCGGGUGCGGCAUCGGUGGUCCCGCACGGGAGAUAGCUCGGUUUGCCGACGUCAACAUCGUUGGAUUGAACAACAAUGAUUUCCAGGUUCAGCGUGCUCGGAAGUACACUAAGAAGGCUGGUCUUGAGGACCAAGUAAGUUUUGCCAAGGGUGAUUUUAUGAAGCUGUCAGAACAGUUCGGUGAGAACUCAUUCGAUGCUGUGUAUGCUAUUGAAGCCACUGUCCAUGCACCCACGUGGGAAGGAGUGUACGGGGAAAUCAUGAAGGUUCUGAAGCCUGGAGGAGUCUUCGGCGUCUACGAGUGGUGCAUGACUGAUGCAUGGAAUCCAUCAAUCCCUGCGCACAAGGAACUUGCCCAUGCUAUUGAAUUUGGCAAUGGUAUCCCAGAGAUGCGCCACUUGAAGAAAGCCCGCGAAGCCAUGGUCAACGUUGGCUUCACGAUUGAGCAUGAAGAGGAUUUGGCUGAACGUCCUGACGAAGUUCCAUGGUAUUACCCACUUGAAGGCGAUAUCUGGAAAGCCCAGACUACCUGGGAUUACUUUACCGUUUGGCGAAUGAGCUGGAGCGGCAAGCUUGUUUCACACACUGCAAUCAAAUUCAUGGAGAUGCUUAAUCUUUUGCCCAAAGGCACUUAUGAUGUUGGCGAAUCCCUGAAGGUUGCUGCUGAUGCGCUUGUGAAAGGUGGCCAGACAAAGCUCUUCACGCCCAUGUACCUCGCAAUCUGCCGCAAGCCCAGGCUCUCCGAAAGUUAGACUACACACCUACAUAUAUAUUACGUAUAUAAUCCCUGCUAACACUUACUUACUCUAGAAACAUUGCACGAUGAUAUGGCACUCUUUGACCUUGA